AUGUUCGAGGCGCAGGUGCCGCUCCAGCAACCAGAUGGCUUCCAGGAUGACAUGAGCGAUGGAGAGAAACUAGAACUCAUCCAACUCUUCUUAGAUGCCUCGAGCGGUCUCUUGGACCUCUUCGACAAAUCCGAAAUUGACACGCUCGUGGAUGCAACUCAUCCACGAGAGAAGAGCGUCAGCAGUUCCAGCACCGGCUUCGCCACAGACAUCGAGGGCCGGGUUUGUCUGUACAUGAUGAUUGCCAUCGGCGCUCAAUGUCGAGGUCGUCCUGAAGACAUGCCGAAAGCAUUCCAGUACUUUUCGCAAGCGCGAACGCUCUCGUUCCAGGGCUUCUUGACAGAUCUCACGCUGAAUAUGGCGCGGGGGUUCGUUUUGAUGGCGUUCUACAUGUUUGGUGCCUGCCGUCGCAACGCGGCGUUCAUGUAUCUCGGGGUCGCGACCAAAGCGGCCUCAGUAUUAGGCCUGCACAUGUCGGACCAGUUCCAGUCGCUAUCGGAAGCGGAGCGAAGCCUGAGGUAA